AAUUUAAAAAUUCCCAAACUAAAAAAUUUAAAAAAAAUAUUUUUUUGCCAGACCCGCGACCCUCGCAACAACCAAGAUAAUACGAACAUGUUUCAAUCCUCACAAGUUGGAAGAGCUUCACGCUCGCGUAGCGAAAAGCUACCUGCCCCGGAAGCUUCAACUGCUUUGUCUACUCAACAAAGAGUAAACAGUACAUUUAUGCCGGUGACUUCAAAGCAGAUUUAUUUUGUUCUUAAUGGCAACCCACAUCGUUUCUAUCGCACUCUUGUGAGUCCUCUUAGUAGAGGCGAGUUGGAUCACUUAUUGGAGGAAAUAAGCGAAGGUCUGCACGUGGCAAUAUUUCGAAUAUAUUCGUUCGAAGGCGAUCGUAUUCUCAACGUUGAACAACUUCUUCAACUAAAGGACUCUCGCGCAAUUGCAGUACCCAGACAUGAACGUCUUCAACUCAACGGCCAGACCAACUCAGACAUUUUAAGGCCUGUUAUUCCUCUCCAACAACAAAAGCAAUCGACUGGUACACUGCUUCUUCCGCCUAUUAAGAAUGGCAAUAAUAAAUCUAAAGGAACCGGAACCUCAUCUUCUAAAUCAGUGCCUCCCUAUCGUGGAAAUCACUCAAAGACUCGACAACCCAGCAAUAACAUUGACAGACUCCCCGCCUACGAAAACCUUACACGUUUCGAUUUAAACAUUAAAAAGAAACGGAUGCUUAACUCAACCAAUUCGCAAGACGAUACCAACAUUAAUUUGCUAAAUAACGGGGAAGUUUCUAUCCGCCAAAGGUCCUUCAGUUCGAACAAUGCACCUCCAGUUAAAAUGGCCGCAUCUGGCGCCAUUAAAGUUAAGAGGAAAUUAACGACCCUGGGCCCUACAAAGGCUAAGGAUACUGUAAAUGCAGCUGAGAAUACUGCUACAACUUCGUCAACAGUUACCACAACUACGACUAAUACAGACUCAGAUUCUGGUCGGCCUCGUUCAACAAUGGAAGAGUUAGAAAAUAUGCCUGAUGAAGUAAAUGAAGAAAGGCCUGAAGGGGAUGGAAAUGAGAAUGUAGAUGGUGAGGAGGAUGAUUACCCUGAAGAGCCGCCUGAAUUAAUGGCAUUGCACCAGAUGGAAAAAAGGAGAAGGAAAAAAUCUUCAAAGGGGAAAAAUGAAGGGGAUAUUGGGGAGGAAGAGAGGGAAGGAGAGGAGAGGGAAGGGGGUGAACGGGAAGAGGUGAUGGAAAAGGAGGAGGAAAAUGAGGAGGGAGAGAGAGAGGGGUUAGAUACUGUAGGAGAUGAAAUGGAGAAUGGAAGGGAAGAUGCGAGGGAAGAUGGAAUGGAAGAGAGGGAAGAGGAGGCUUUGGAUGAGGUGGCGAUGAAUGAAGAUGAAGACAAGGAUGAGGAUGAUGAAGAGGAUAAUGAGGAUGAAGACGAGGAAGUAAGGAGAAUAAACAAGGUUGAAGAUAUGAAGGAGGAGGAUGUAGAGGAAGUAAACGAGAUGGAUGAGGUAACAACUCCUCCAAAGAUCGAAGAAGAAGCAAAAUCACCUUCACCUGUUCAAUACACAAUUGUCCAUACAGGUGGAAGCAACCCAGAACAGGAGAAUGAAGGGGGAAUGAGUGGAGUUUACUCAGAUGAGUUGGAACGGAUAUUGUAUGGACAGGCUGCAGUAAAGAUUCAGAGCGUGUGGAGAGGGUACACAGUGCGCAAAGGCUUUAAACAUACACGUUUCUCCGAACACCCGAUUUACAUUGGAACGGGCAGUUAUGCCCCUAGGCGUCGUUCGAAAAAUAAUUUGUAUAAGCCCAACGAAAGGCAUCAUGCGAUUAUCACACGUGUUAAAACGCCAAAAUCUGGAAAGAGGAAGACUUCAUUUAAAAAGACGUCAACUACCAUGCUUGUCCCCGAUUAUGGGAAUGAAACAGCCCACGAUUCGUCUUCGGAUAGAGAAGAAGCCAGUGUUACCGAGCUACUUCAAGGAAAACAAAGAUUGGGGUGGGAAAUGUCACAGGAUCACAUUGACAAAAGCCCAGUAAAUUCACAGAGAACACCUCGAACAGAUUAUCUCUACACAAUUACCGUACUCACCGGAAACCGGUGGGCGGCUGAUACAGAGGCCGAUCUCUAUAUAAUACUGGUGGGAGCUGGGGGGAUUGAGUCAGAACGGCUAUGGCUUCGACAGGAGUUCACAAAUUGGUUGCAGAGUGGGGCAAAUGGACAGCGCUUUCGUCAAAACCAUUCAGACUCCUUCCAAUUCAGAGUACCCAGCCGAUUUGGAAUUUUGAAAAAAUUGACAAUUGGGCACGACUGUAAAGGAUACGGUGCUGGCAUCUUCAUUGAUAGGAUAAUGGUUACUGAGGAUGAAGAAGCUAGUGAGGAUUGUCGCCAAUUUCUUUUCCUAUGCAAUAAAUGGCUUGAUUCUGGCCAAGUUGAUGGAAAAUUGGAGCGCACAAUUCGACUCAGCUCCUUCUACGAAAUUUCAUCAAUCCCUAUAGAGGAUCGAGUAACAAGAGGCCGUUGGGAGCUUAUUCUCCAUGGAGGCUCAGAAAAGGGACUGGGUGGAACGACUUCACAAUUAUCCAUUACUGGGUAUGGAACUCGAGCCCAGUCAACAACCUCUGGAUUGUAUGACUCCAACAUGGCUAAAGUGCCUUCUGAUGCGUUGAUACAGCUUGAUUUUGGCGACAUUGGUGAACUACUUAAAGUACGUGUUGAGAUUGAUGGAACUGGAAGUAGUCCCGAUUAUUUUCUCAAUUUUGUGGAAUUCAAGGAUCUGGACACCGAAGAACGCUUUGUGGUCAUGUGUGGAAAGUGGCUGCGUUGGAAAAGUACAAAGAAGGGGGAUCAGCCGUUUAGAGAACUCUCUGCUUUUCAUAUCGGAGUUGAACCAUUGCCUUUGAUAACCUAUGAAGGCAAAAUCAGCAUUCAGUCAACACCCAAAAUUGAGUGUUUGAACAAUAAGGAGGUUCUAAUGGAUUUGCAUGGAGAUCUUGGAGAGACUGGCAUAUUUCGAGUAACUAUCUCCCCGCCUAUGGACUACAAAGAAAAACAAUUAAAAUCUGGUGAUGAGGAAAAUAUGCCGAUAAAUGAAGACAUUGACAAGGAGAAUGAAAAUAUUGACAUUUCAUUCAAAGUAGAGGCAGUAAGCGUCGGUCGAGUAGUCGGUGCCCGUCUCCGUUUCGAGCCAAAUUCAAUUGGAGAACAAAUAGUAGAUGGACUUUUGGCCAUUCAAGGCCUCUUUCAAAAACAAGGGCUUUGGCCCCUCUCCUCAAAUUCAGAAUUUUUGUGUGGGCGAAUACUCCUUCGAGAAUCUUACCACACCCCGUAUCGGUAA